CCUCCUCCAUUGAGACGACCCAUACAAAUCUCAGAACCUUCGCAUCUCUCUCUCUCUCAGAGUCAGCCGUUUAGUUUCAGUUCCCCCCUCCAGUUUCUAAGUUUCGUUCUAAUCUAAUCCAAAACCACCCUGGAAUUCUCCUCCAUUGACUCGUUCCUCAUUUCCCCGCCUUGCCUCUUCCCGUUUUCCUUCCUUCGCUCUCUACCUACCUUUCAAAAACCAAAGACUCUAGGAAAUUGUUCUACUGUUAACAUCCGUGCUAUGCCUCUCGAUCCGUCCCUUACACCAUGACCGACUCACUGAGCUCCUCCAACUCCUCCUUCGACUCUGCCUCGAUAUCCGCCGCCGACCAGAACGUUGUCCGGAGUCAGAGGAGCGGGGAUGGUGGGGGCCAAAUUCUUGCUUCUGUGACAUCACGUCGCUGGCGCGAUAUUUUCUGGUUGGCAGUGUUUAUGCUUCAUUUGGUUGUUUUGGGAUGCGGACUCGUGGUUCUUGGGCUCAAUAGGUUUAAGAAAACGGAUAGGCUAAACAUUGAUAGGUACACUGCUAGGUUUAUGGAACACCACAGGGGCUUGACGGAGAAUUAUUGGCCGAUGUAUGCUGUUGCCGGCGGAGUUGGGACUGUUAUCGGAUGUACUUGGCUGCUAUUACUGGGCUCGCAUGCGAAUGAAAUGAUGAAGGUUUCAGUGCACAUUUUGACCACUUAUCUUGCUGUAAUUAGUGUUUUGUGUUUCUGGGGCGAGCAGUUCUUUUGGGGCGUUGUGUUUGCAACUGGUGCUGCUUUUCAGUUUUUGUAUGUCAUAUCAGUAAUAGACAGACUUCCUUUUACCAUGCUGGUGUUGCGAAAAGCAGUAAAGAUGGUAUUGAGUCUUCCAGAAGUUAUGAGAGUAGCAUAUGCUUUCAUGCUUGUCAUGCUUUUAUGGUUGGGAUUAUGGUCUUUUGGAGCAGCUGGUGUUGUGGCUUCAAGCAUGGGUGAUGGUGGACGCUGGUGGCUUCUUGUGGUUUUAUCUGUAAGUUUAUUUUGGACGGGUGCAGUCCUCUGUAAUGCUAUACAUGUUAUAGUAUCUGGGAUGGUGUUUCUUGUUCUUUUCCAUGGUGGUCGCGAAGCAUCAUCAAUACCUCCGAACUCCUUGAUGAAUUCUCUAAGGUAUGCUGUGACAACAUCUUUUGGCAGCAUUUGCUAUGGAUCACUCUUCACUGCUGCUAUUCGAACACUACGGUGGGAGAUCAGGGGAGUUCGGUCAAAGAUUGGCAAAAAUGAGUGUUUACUUUGCUGUGUUGAUUUCCUGUUUCAUCUUGUGGAGACUCUUGUUCGUUUUUUCAACAAGUAUGCCUAUGUCCAGAUUGCAGUUAAUGGUAAAGGCUUUAACCAUUCAGCAAGGGAUGCCUGGGAGUUAUUCCAGUCAACAGGAGUUGAAGCUCUUGUGGCCUAUGAUUGUUCGGGUGCUGUUCUACUAAUGGGCACUCUUUUGGGUGGGCUUGUUACUGGAACUUGCUCAGGAGUCUGGACAUGGAUUAAAUGGAGGGACAGAGUGAGCAUGGUGGGCUCCACUACAAUGUUGAUGGGAAUGGUCUUGGUGGGACUGGCAAUGGUGGUGGUUGAAAGUGCUGUUACAUCCAUCUACAUCUGUUAUGCAGAAGAUCCAUUGUUGAUUCAUAGAUGGGAUUCAGAAUUUUUCGACCAGAUGUCAGAGAUGCUACACCAUCGUCUUCAGUACAGGAGUGCACGAGCAAGGGAAGUAUUAACCCACAAUCGGCGGCUCGAUGGCCACAUACAACAAAUGCCACCUGCUUGAAUCUUCUAUCUUUUACACGUGAAAUGUAAUUCACCACUCUUUAAUUUAUCAAUUUAGAUAUAUGAAUCAUUUUGUUUGUUGCU